AUAAUCAUUCAUUUCCAUUUUUCCCAAAAGACAAUUUCCUCUGUCUUUGCUCAAUGCAGAAGUAGCAGCUAUGCCGAAGCACAGUGACUUGCAAAUCCACAUCAAUGAUGAGGAAGUAUUCCUUUUGGACAAGUUCAUUUAUUUUGCAGAAGUUCAUAUCAAAAUACUGUGGAAGAAUAAAGAAAAUCUUGAGCCAUGAAAAGAGAAUGUGCAUUGAAAUCAAUGAUUUCCCUGGAGGGCCACAAGGGUUUGAGCUGGUUUCAAGAUUCUGCUACAACAACGGCAAAAUCCCUAUCAAUGUGUCCAAUGUGCUUAUCCUCCAUUGCUGUGGCCUUUAUCUUGGAAUGACUGAGGAGGUCUUCACCAACAAUCUCUUGCAACAAAUAGAAACAUUUCUUGAAGGAAUCCACUACUGGACAUGGAAUGAAAUACUUGUAAGUCUCAAGAAUUGUGAGUUAUUUUACGCACAUGCUGAUAGCUAUGGUCUAUUAGAGAAGAUUAUUGGUGCACUCUUGGCAAAAAUGGAUCAAAAUCCUGAGGCGAACCUCUUCACCUCCUCAUCUUCAUCAUCCCCAUCAUCUCCUGAAAGCAAUUCUGCCAAGAGAUUUUCUUACUCAACACAAGCUACUCCCAAGACUGUAAAGUCAACUUUGCCUAAAAAAGCAUGGUGGUUUGAGGAUUUGGCUACUUUACCCCCAAAGAUCAUUGAGAAGAUUCUCCAAACUAUUGGAGCUUACAAGACAGAUAACAAAAACUCAACUCUCACAAUAUUUCUGCUUCAUUAUCUGAAAAUUGUGACUCCAACAAGAGAGGUUAAUUGCAACAACAGUGUUGAGUAUGCUGGUCUAGCAGAAACAGCUGUUUAUGGGGUCAUAUUUGUUGGCAACAAGAGUUUUUCUUGUAGAGGCCUUUUUUGGGUAUUAAGGAUUGUGUCAAGAUUUGGUAUGAGUAGAGAUUACAGAAUUGAAAUUGAGAAAUUGAUUGGGGGGGUGCUUGAGCAGGCAACUUUGGAUGAUCUAUUAGUCUCUGGGCAUCAUAUGGGACUAUAUUAUGAUGUAACAUUUGUGAUAAGACUGAUUAAACAAUUUGUUGAUAUAAAUGGCUCUGAUGGGGUGUCCGUACAAAAGUUGAAAAAAGUUGGUAGAUUAGUUGACAAGUAUUUGAUUGAGAUAUCCCCUGAUCAGAACCUCAAGGUCACUAAAUUUCUUGCAGUUGCUGAAUGUUUGCCUGAUUGUGCUAGGGAUCGCUUUGACGGGGUGUACAGAGCCAUUGACAUCUAUCUUCAGUCGCAUCCAAUGCUGGCAUUUGAGGAGAGGUCAAGAUUGUGUAGAUGUCUUAAUUACAAUAAACUAAGCUUUGAGGUGUGUAAGGAUCUUGCAAAGAACCCCAGAAUACCUCCAAUGAUAGCAAUGCAGGCUCUUAUUUCUCAACAAACCAAGAUUCCAUCAAGUGACUUAAUCAUUGAGGAAAGUGAAAUCAUAAACCCUUCCCAAAUCAUUUUGCACUAUGACAAGACAGAUAGCUUCUUGGAAGAGAAAGAAGAUAUGCGACAAAACCUUGAGAGAAUGGAAUGGAGAGUGAAGGAAUUGGAGAUAUUGUGCAAGGAAAUGAAGGUUCAGAUGUCAAGGUUUCACUAACCAUAAUGUCUUAAUCUCUUAUGCAAGCCAAGAUUUUUAAAAAAAUGUGCUUUUCUUUAACCAUUUAUCAAUAUCCAAAAUACAUUGAUAUUUCUUUGAUUGUAAAAAUAUGUAAUUCUUUUGUUUUGAUUUUCAAUGGCAUAUAAUAGAAAAGAUUUCUUCAAUAUUGCAUCAUGGAACUUCCUUCAUACACAAUAUACAUUGUGAUACAAGUAUUUGGAACCUCAUACAUAAUUUCACAUUA